AAACCCCAGGUUUCCUUUGGUCCGAGUCGGCAGCAAGGGAGGUUAUUGGUCACAGCCAAGAAGAAAGAAGGAGGGAACGACAGGUUGAUGGCUGGAUCAGGGGCGAAUUCCCAUCUCCCAGUUGGAACCUACGCUGAAGUCAGGCAGAGCGCCCCAACCCGAGCGAUGGGAGCCGAGAAGGCGGGGAGGGGUGGGGGGCCAAGUCCACAGUGCUGAGCCGUUGGCCAGAGCACCGCCCCCGGGAGCGGAGGGAGGGGUGGCGGGGCGGGAAGGGGGGCAGCUGCCAUCCCCGCUGCCUCCUGGGCCCCACUCGCUGGCGCCCAAGUGGGAGCACGGCAGCGGCCCUCUCCCUCCUCCCCACACCCCGCUACCUGCCCAGUCCCCGAAGCGAGCGUGAGAAGGCAGCGAGCCAAGCCGGGCCAAUCCCACAACUUUGCAGCCGCGGGGAGGGCGACAGCCAGUGUCCGGGGCUCCUCUUCUCUGCGACCCGAGAUCGGAAGAUCUGAAGCAGAAAUCCCAAACCAGGGCUCAUUUUCACUACCGUGAGAAGUGCAGCCCUAUCUUGUGCCUGCCCCCAGCCCGGGCAGACAACGAAUAAAUCCCGCUCUCCGUGCACCUGACUUCAAAAUUCCAGGGCGCGGAGGUCGCUCGAAUCCGAGGGCAUAGCCUCCGAGGAAUGUAAUCGAGGAUGCUAGCCCUGAGGCUGCUCAACGUGGUCGCCCCUGCCUACUUCUUGUGCAUCUCCCUGGUCACCUUCGUGCUGCAGCUCUUCCUCUUCCUGCCCAGCAUGCGCGAGGACCCCUCGGCUACCCCUCUCUUGUCGCCAGCCCUGCUGCACGGGGCGCUCUUCCUGUUUCUCUCUGCCAACGCCCUGGGCAAUUAUGUCCUCGUCAUCCAGAACUCCCCGGAUGACCUGGGGGCCUGCCAGGGGUCGUCAGCCAAGAGGGCUCUGUGCCCCCCGCCCAGCACCCACUUCUGCCGAGUGUGCGCCCGAGUCACGCUGAGACACGACCACCACUGUUUCUUCACCGGCAACUGCAUCGGCAGCAGGAACAUGCGCAACUUCGUCCUCUUCUGCCUCUACACCUCCCUUGCCUGCCUCUACUCCAUGGUGGCGGGUGUGGCCUACAUCUCCGCUGUCCUCUCCAUCUCCUUCGCCCACCCCCUGGCCUUCCUCACGCUCCUGCCCACCUCCAUCAGCCAGUUCUUCUCCGGAGCUGUCCUCGGUUCUGAAAUGUUCGUCAUCCUCAUGCUCUACCUCUGGUUUGCCGUCGGCCUGGCCUGCGCCGGCUUCUGCUGCCACCAGCUGCUGUUGAUCCUUCGGGGGCAGACUCGCCACCAGGCUCGAAAGGGGGUGGCAGUGAGGGCCCAGCCGUGGCGCAAGAACUUACAGGAGGUCUUCGGGAAGAGGUGGCUGCUGGGCCUGUUGGUUCCCAUGUUCAAUGUCGGAAGUGAGAGCUCUAAGCCGCAGGACAAGUAGCAGGCAGACACUCAAUCAUUUCCAUCUCUCUGUGUCUCAAUUCCUCCUCAACAUAAGACCAUAACACCCUUGUUGCCAUCCAUGACCCACUACAACCUUGGGCUAGUAAAGUCCGUGCACCCACCCCAGGUCUUCCACCUAGCCUGGAAGAACAGUGUAAGAGGGAGGAAAAAUGAUCUCUUCAGCAGCCAGCAGGUGGCUUCUGCUCUUGUCCCUUCUUGGGAAGCCUUCUUCCCACUCCACCUGGUCCACCCACUUCCUACCAUGUCUCUUGUAGUCCCUACUGUGUGCUGGAACCCUUCCCCUCUGUGGGGAGUGAGCAGUGGAUUCUUGCUGCUGAUAAGACUCCCCAGCAGCUGGAGGCUGGCAAAUGCUUGACAUCACCAUGUGUGAGAAGCAGCCAAGUCCCCUCUGCCAGGGAAGGCAGGAAGCAGCAGGUAUGGUUUCUUUACCCUCUGGGGGAUUGUGGCAUUGAGAGGGAAAGAGCACAGGAGCUUGCUGCCCACCCUCCAGGUUCAAAGUCCUUUCUCUGGACUUGGCAACUAAUGGCCUGGUAUUUCCAGAUGCUAUUCCCUGUCCAGCUGGGCUUAGCUGGCCACCCCAGCCCAGUCCAGACCUUGGCUGGAUGAUUCCUUUCCCUGGCACUCUUCCAGCUCUUCUCUUUGGUUUCCAGCCUCUGUUUUUUUGCCAGAUGUUGGGAAGGGAAAGAAGAAAAGCGAGGGAAAGAGGAGCCACCCAUAAGUGAGGGAGGCAUGUGACUGUAUAAAAAGUCAGGGGGGUGGGGGGGAGAGGUGGUAGUGAGAGGAGAGGGGCACCUGGUCCAUUCGUGCCUCGUGUAAAGGGCAUCCUAGCAGCUGAAGCUAUUCAGUUCUUGAAUGGCUACCUGGGAGGUAGUGAGUGCUCCACUACUGGGGCAUCCGCAGGAUCUAGGCACCUAUCUGCCAGGCUUGCUGUGCAAAGGAUUUUGCACAAGGUUGUUGUAGAUGAGUGUAGAGAUUCCUUCUCACUCUGAGAUACUGGUGUCCUCUUUGUGACUGCUAGGCCUGGGGGCCAGAUCUGCAGAGUUGAUGUGAGUUAUUUGUUUUCAUGGAGAGUAGGUUUUCAUGGGAGGAGUCUGAAAAUCAUGAUGCAAAUUUUUGGACCCAACCCAGCCACCAAACACAGGACUACCCAGAUAUUAAUAGUAGUUAGGAGGGCUGGGGUUUGAGGACAGGGAGACAAAACAGUGUUGGGGUCAGAUGAAGGAAGAUGUGGGGACAGAAAAGCCAGAUCCUGCUCAACCCAAAGAGAGGAGAUGAGGGAGUGAAGGCUGGGGACGGGAAUGACCAGAACACAAGACUGCACCUGCCAGACUGUUGCUGCUUAUCUGACUGCUCUGGAUGGAUGCAUUGCUUUGUGUGCUGGGACCCAGAGAAGCAGACCCUUGGGCAUAUGAGGGAGUGGGGACAACACAAGUGCCCCCUCCUGACUGGGUCCAAGGACAAUAUGACAUCCGCACAAGCAGCAGGGCUGGAGCCCUUGCCCUGCAGUGUCCAGUGGGUGGCUACAGUGACUCCAACUGCACCAAACCAUGAGUCCUUGGGCACAGAUUGGGUGGACUUUACCCAGGUCCUGUCUUCAUUCCCCCUUGAGGACCAAUGUUGUAAUGGCUUAACUGCUCACACUUUUCCCUCCCUCCCACGUUCACUCUUUCAGUCAUCCAUUUGUUCAUAUAGAUGAACAUAUAUUUAUCAAGCACCAACUAUGUGCCAAGUUUCAGGCACUAAAAUACAGUGGUGAAGAGGACAAUGAGGUCCCUGCCAUCAGGGCCAUCCUGCCACUGCCCCCUGUACACCCUGAAUCCUACCCUUAGACAAAUGGUCACUCUGCCUUCUUGGUGGUUCCUCACCUGGAGGAGAAGGAUGUGGUGGGCUGACGGGGUCCCCAGGCCUUCCCAAUGUAGCAGUCCUUGGGGUUACCCUUUACCUUUACUCCCACGUCUGGCUAUACUCAAGCAGUGAAAGUGGCAAAGGGGAGAGAAGAGGCCAGGACAAGUCAGGCCUUGGGUGUCUCUUGGCCCUAGAGUUUGAACUUGGAUGCCAGGUCUACCAUGUCCAGAGACUCUGCACCAGGAGGUCUGACAUAGGGCACGGAGGGAGAUAUUGGUCCUUGGGGUGACUGGGGAGGAGGUUCCCAGAUGUGAGACUUCAGUACCAUUUGUGCACAUGGCCCUGUGUAAAUUGUUGAUGAAAAACAUCAAUAAAAUGUGUGGUUUUAAUUGGA